AACCACACGACAAAAAGUCCCUAUAUUUUUUAAAUCAAUGUCACUAUUUAAUCUUUCUUAUUUACUCAAUUUAUCACUUAAUAAUUAUACUUUUAGCAAAUGUCGUCCAUUGAACCAAUUGUUCUAGUCCAUGGGGGCGCAGGAACUAUCAGCAGCGACGAGAAAGCCACGCAGUUGGUCGAAGGGGUGAAAAAAGCGGCUCGUGCCGGCUACGAAGUCCUAAAAUCCGGAGGCAGUGUCUUAGAUGCUGUUCAAAAAGCCGUCGAACUAAUGGAAAACAACGCAAUAUUCAACGCUGGUCUCGGCUCAGUCCUUAACGUCGAAGGCGAGGUGGAAAUGGACGCUAGUAUCAUGCUGGGGGCUGAUUUAAGCGCAGGAGCGGUGACUGUAGUCAAAGACAUCAAAAACCCUAUUGCUUUAGCAAGACUCGUCAUGGAGAAAAGCGAUCACGUGCUACUAGCCAGCGAGGGGGCUAAAAAAUUUGCUAUAAACCACGGGAUAGUUCCCCUAGCUUCUGGUUCUCUGGUCACGGAUGCCACAAGAGAAGCCCUUGCUAAAUGGAAGGCUAAACAAACUAAGGCUUCAGCUGAAUUGGGCACCGUGGGGGCUGUGGCUAUUGAUGCCCAUGGGCGACUCGCAGCUGCCACUUCCACCGGAGGGAGAGAAGGGAAGUUAGCAGGGAGGUCAAGUGAUACUUGUAUGAUUGGGAGCGGGACUUAUGCAGAUGAUGGGAUUGGGGCUGUAUCAACAACGGGACAUGGGGAGACCAUUGCCAAGUUCUGUUUGGCGCAUUCUAUUGUAAAAUCUAUGGAAAAUGGGCAAAAAGCUGAUGAGGCUACCAAGGGUUGCAUUGACAAAAUGACCAAAAAAUUGAAUAACACUGCGGGGGCUAUAACACUGUCCUGUCGAGGUGAAGUGGGGGUUGGGUUCAGCACUAAUAGAAUGUCAUGGGCGUAUCAGAAAGGAGAUGAACUGCAUUUUGGGGUAGACCAAAACCAACACGAGUUUGAAAAAAUAUAAAAUUUAAUUAAAUGGAAUGUGCCGCCACCUAAUUCAAGUCAAACUUAAUUGAAAAAUAACAUAAAUUUGCCCAAACCCUCUCUCAACUCUUCAGAUGUGUUGUUUUUAAUAAUCAAAUCCCAAUCAUUGAAAUCGUCUAAAUCGCACUCAGACGUAACAUUAUCAACUCCUGAAAAAAAUACUUAAGCGUCA